UCCAUUUGUGUUCUAAUUCUGCAAUAUCCUUGUCUCUGUCCUUCUGCUGAGCAUUGUCUCGCGUGUUUCAAGGCUCACUUAACGUCCUCGCUCUUUUGUUUUGGACAUGGAGCAAGAAAUCGAUAGGGUCGUGCAAGCAAUUACAGUCGCAUCUGAUCCUGCACAAACUCCGUUGCAUCCAGAGGCUUUGGCCUAUCUUUCUACUAUCGAACAAAACGCCACAGAGACUUGGCGAAUCGCUCUAUCCCUAUUUGUCGACGCCACCUCUGAAAGGGUUCGAAAAUACCCGGCGCAGGCUCGUUUCUUUGCCUUGCGUGUGUUGGAUGCGUUCUUGGAGAGUCGGUUUGAACCCUUGGAUCAGGAAACAUUCCAGACAUUGCAACAAACUCUGGUAUCCUACAUUCAAUCCGAGUAUGUCUAUGGGUCGUCAGAAUCCAGUGCUUCUUUCCUUCGCAACAAGUUCUCGCACACUUUGACGCUAUUCUUUCUCUGCACCUAUAUGGAACAAUGGCCAACAUUUUUCGCUGAUAUAUUCACACUUAUACGAUCUUCGGAAUCAUCUUCUUAUAAUCGACAUAUCUCCCUCCUCUUCUUUCAUAUCGUACUAGAAAUCUCAGGCGAGGUUGCAGAUCAGCUGAUAAAAGCUGCCCGACAGUACACUACUAUACGAGCAACGCGGGACAGUCGCGUCAGAGAUGCUGUAAGGGAGAGAGACGCAGUGAGGAUUAAUGAGGCGGUCUUAACUAUAGUGGCUGAAGGAUCGGAGAGGAUGGUAAACAUUCGCAAGGAUCAGGGUUCUUCUGCAAAUCGGGAACUAGAUGAGGUUACUGAAGUUGUAGACUGGGGUAUCAGAACAUUCGGAUCCUAUGUGGGGUGGAUUGAUAUUAAUUUGACAAUCACGCCAACCACUGUGCCUCUUCUGUUCGCACUGUUGGCUGAUCCGUCGUUACCAAUCCGACUAGCUACUUGUGUGGCAUUGCUACGCAUCGUCGCGAAAGGGCUUAAAGAACCUGGCGACAAGCUUCAACUCAUUAAAGUCCUCUCUUUGGGACAGGUCAUAGAUGCUCUCGAAGCCAAGACUCGACAGCAGCAACUGGAAAGAGGCUCGGAAACCGACGAGGGUGAAGAAUCGUACCGGGAGUCUUUGGGAAAACUAUUCAACGUAUUUGGCUUAGAAUUAACAAAAUUAGAGGAUUGUCCCAACGGACAAGUGCGUUCUGAGGCUACCGACUACCUCUCUCAAUGUUUACCGGUCCUGCUUCGAUUUAUGUCUGAUGAAUAUGACGAUACGUCCUCCACUGUAUUUCCUCUCCUUCAGGCUAUUCUUGCAAAUUACAAGCGCAGUCGAAAAGUCUCUUCAGAUCCUAUCGAUGAAUCAAAACGCUCCUUCCUCUCGUCUCUUCUACAAGUUAUCUUAACAAAGAUGAAAUGGGAUUCUGAAGCUGAUCCUGAUGAUCUGGACGAAGAUGACAAUGCCGAGUUUGAGAAACUUCGCAGGGAAUUACGCAAUUUCAUGGACUCUGUGUUAAUUAUCGAUCAGGACCUGGUUACCGACUCAGUACGCACUUUGGCGCUGAACACGAUGUCCGCCUAUCAAAAUGGCGUAGUCAUGGAGUGGUACGAAGCCGAACUAGGCAUUUACAUGGUAUACAUCUUCGGAGAGGUCAACAAAAGCGGAGGGAAAGGUCGUGCCGCCUUCUGUCAUACUCCCUCUGUCAUAGACAAGGAGAAAAGGAAAGGCACUAACUACUCGGUGUAUACCUUGACCACUCACGGGCAGUUAUUAUUGGCCUUGGUACAAUCGGGCUUGUCGGGUUACCCACAUCGCACAGUAGCUCUGCAAUUCUUCGAAACAGUGACUCGAUACACAGACUUCUUCAAAGUACGCAAAGAGUGUAUUUUGCCAACCCUUGAGGCCAUGGUAGAUACGCGGGGUCUUCGCAAUUCCAAUCAAGCAUUUCGAUCACGCCUCUCCUAUUUGUUCUCCCGAUUCAUCAAGGAAACUAAAAACGAUGUACCACCAGACAUCUGUACCACGCUCACUCACAGCAUCCGGGAUCUGCUUCCUAUACAGAUUCAUAUUCCAGAACCUGAUGAUGUGGAAACGGAUAUUUUGACUGAUGCAGCAAGAGAUCCUGCGUUCGAUUCCCAACUUUUCCUCUACGAAGCAGUCGGAAUCCUUUGCUCAUUAUCUGCCAAGAGUUUAGAUCAGCCUGCAGCACAUUUGUUGUCCUUCGUAAAGCCGCUGAUGGAUAACUUGUCGGACAGUCUUCGGGCUUGCGAGGGGACUCAGGAUAUAGGACCUAUCGUCACCACCCAUCAUAUCAUCAUGGCCCUUGGUACCAUUGCCAAAGGUUAUCCUGACUAUCCCUCACCAACUCCUCCCGGGUAUGUUUUGCCAUCGUUGGAUGUUUUCACGCAAGUAGCCCAAGCCAUCCUGGUAUGUUUAGAAAACAUGAACGUCUUUAGAAUUGUUCGCGAUGCGACGCGGUUCGCUUUCGCCCGGAUUUUAGCGGCUGCUGGACCUGGUGUAACACACUAUAUCCCUACUCUCAUGGGCAAUCUACUUGUCCAUUUCCAACCAACAGAACUGGUUGAUUUUGUGAACUUCAUCGGCCUGUUGAUUUACAAACUUCAGAGUGAUAUGUUUGCUGUGCUCGAUGAGCUCAUUGGCCCGUUGAGUGGGCACAUCGGCAAUAUAUUGACACAACCAAUAGGCGAUCCGGAUGGCCAACGGGCACACCUGGAAACUAAGAAGGCAUAUUUGGCUCUGCUCAAUAGCGUUGUCUCUUCGAAGCUGCACAGAGUCCUCAUCUCAGAACGAAAUAAUCCUACAUUUGAGUCGCUGAUGCAAUCCAUGAUUGGCAUUGCUGAAGAUGCCUCGGACCCUCCUAGCCAAAAGUCCGCUUUUAAUUUUCUGAGUCGUUGUGUGACGAUCUGGGCCGCCCCUGGUCAGGCAGCCACAAUCGGCAAUGAAUCUGUGGAAUCUUUGCCAGGGUUCGAAAGAUUUGUGUAUGAAAGACUUAUCCCGACUGCCUUCCGCGUGCCUGCUGCACCAGAUCUAAAUGUUAAGGAUGGUCAAGUUACGCUGGUCUUGCAAGAAGUUGCCAACUUCCUGCAUACUGUCACUAGAACACGAGGAUCUGAGGCUUACGAUUAUCUCUUGACCGUCUUUCUCCCCUCACAAAAUUGGCCAUCAGAGAUGGCCCUUGACUUCACUACCAAAUUGCGGGAUCUUGAUGCCAGAGGUUUCCGAAAAUACUUUACAGAUUUUGUUCGUUCCUCACGUUCAAACCCAUAGCAUUUGCUAGAUUUAUAUUCUUACUGUUCUUUCUUUUGCUUUUCCGUCAAUUCGUUUCGCAUUAUCUACCAUUAUGUUAUCGAUACAAAGCUGCCACAUGUAUUGUGCCAUUAUUCAUAUUCAUGCUUUACACAUGUACUGUUUGC